AUGGGGCCCAGACCCGUGUACCUUGGAACGAAGAGAAAAGAGAACCCAUCAUAUGCAACUGCCAGCCCACCGCGGCUUAAGUCUACCUGCCUUUCUAUCCCGCGAACCUUUCCGUCCGGCCGCGAACCUAGUUUACUAAUUCUCUUCCACAUGGCCGGCAUCUUACCCCCGGUAUGUGAUUGGCCCCAUCCAGUCGGAAGAUCAGUCAGAAAAGAGACAGCGACAUACCUCUCCUCACCAGAGCCCCGAUGCAUCAGGAGAUCAGGUGGCGGAAAGCAAAAUGAGGCACAGAAUGUCCGAUCAACCAAUAUCAAUCAAAAGUUAAGAAGCCAACACGAACUACUCCGUAGACGAGGCACUGAAACAGGGAUGGUCCGUUAG